GUAUUAAUACUACGAUGAUUUUCUAAUAACCGUUUGUAAAUUCUGUCUCAAAAUUUACCUCUGACAAGUUUUUUUUUAUAAGAACUGGUUUACAGUUUUUUGCUUUUGGUUCUUUGCGUGAAUUUGAGAUGAAAAAAAAAUAACCUUGAACAUAAUACAUGGAUUUGAUAGAUGUUUUAAUAAUAAAAAAAUGUCUCAUACGAUGUUACGAAAUCAGAACUUUUUACAUUAUUAUCUGAAGGCCAGGGACGAUUCAUACUCAAUGUUUAACAAUUUAUAACUUUUACAGGGACAACCUGUAUAAUUUAAACUCUUUGAUUAGCUGAUAAAAUCUAUGGUUUAAUAGAUAUUCAGAUUUUUAGAUCGUUGUAUAUGCCAAGAAAACCGUUCGCCAUAAAAAGACAUUCUAAAAAAUUAUCAAAAAUUGUAAUUAUUCCAUCAAUUAGAGAAAAUGUUAUUAAGAUGUUUUUUUAUAGUAAGGUUCGCAUAUAUUUGCGAAGGUUUAGUGAAAUAUAAUAUAACAUGGACGGGAAAUCAUUUUGGAGGAAUUUUAAGUAUCGCUGACCGUUCAGGUUGUUAUUAAAAAAAUAAUCACCAACUAUUCUUGCUUAUAUAUUAACUAGAAAUCAAUGUUGAUUUAUUUAUUCAUUAUUUUCAUUUACAAUUUAUUAUAAUUUUUGUCGGAAUAUUUCUUUAUAGUAAACGUGCAAUAUAAAAACGUAUCUUGUAAACCAUAAAACUUAUCGAGUUUAACAAAGCAUAUAUUUUUGUUAAAAAAUUGAUCGAAAAAUUAAUUUUUGCUAUCUUUAGAUUGUACAGGUUGUCCUUGUGAAAGUUGCUGAUUUUUAACCAUUGAUAUGAACCACGUUUGGCAUUGAGAUUUUAAUUAUCUAUUCUACUAUAGAAAAAUUGAUUUUCACUAAAAACCUCAUCGUUUAUAACAUUAUUUAUCAAUUAUUACCAACAAUAUAAAAAGAAUAUAUGAGGUAAAUUAUUUAGUUUGUAUAAAAUGUGAUUGAAAACAAUUUCGGCGGUUCUCAAAUCAAAUUAAAGAUUAGAUAAUGUACAAAAUUAGUCGAUAAAAGUUAUAAUAUUAAAAAUAAAUAUUAUUAUUGGGAGAUUUCGAAGAUAAAACGAUGAAGGUCACUCAUUAUAUUUCCCAUGGCGUUCAUCACAGCAAGUAGUUGCAUUCAAACAGUCAGUCCACUUGGCAACAAUCUCCUGCCAAUUAAUAAAAAUAGUAACGCUAGGAAGUUUCAUUUUUAAAUAAGUACCAAGUAGAUAAAGUUUGUUUUGAUACAAAUAGAAACUUAUAUCCUUAUUUAUCAUCAUGGCAUCUGUAGAUCUAGUAACUAAUUGGUUGAAGCCGUUCCUGGAUGUAAAUAUAGAAGAUUACGAAGUUAUAAUAGACGGUAAUAAUUCAAAAGACAGCGGAUACUUGAGCGGAAUCAUCUACGUAACAUUGAAAAAUCUAAAAAACUCUAAAACUAGUAAAAAAAUAGAACUAGUAAUAAAAAAAGGAUGCGAUUUGGAAGCUGUCAGGAGUUCCCUGGCUAUCAGAGAUUUUUUCAUAACCGAAAACUUCAUGUACGAAACUGUUUUUUCGACGUUCAAUAAAUUUCAAAUGAAAAAAGGAAUUGAGUUGUUUAAAUCGUUUCCGAAGUACUACGGUCAUGUUUUGCUUAAAAACAGCGAAGUUAUUAUUUUCGAAAAUUUGAAAUCGAAAGGUUACAAGCUUUACAAUCGAUUGAAAGGUAUGGAUAUCGAUCAUUGUAAAAUUGUAUUGAAAGCUUACGCCGAACUCCAUUCUCUGUCGUUCGCUUUAAGAGAUCAGGAUAAUGAAACUUACGAAAGCUUGACGAAAAAUUUCGUGGACGUUUUUAAAAAUUGGUUAUUGGUUCCUUCUAUUGAGAAUUAUAUGCAUGAUCAGUUGAAUACUUUUUUGGAAACUUUGGAAAUACACGGGGAUCAAACUUUGUAUAAUUUAGUGAAGGAAGAGAUGAAAGAUAUUUUGAAAAAAACAUUGGAUGUACUCAAUAGUGAAGAAAAACAAGUAGCUUUCCUACACGGGGAUAACUGGAAUAAUAAUUAUUUGUUUCAGUAUGAGGAAAAUAACAACUCCCCAAAAGCAGUAGCAAUCCUAGACUGGCAACUAGCAGCUAUAAGAUCACCUCUAUUCGACGUAGGUAAAUUUUUAUUCAGCGUUUGUUCCAAAGAAGAACUAGAUCAGUUGAAAGAGCUAUUGAAUUAUUAUUACAGUAUAAUGUCACAAUCAUUGAUAAAACUUGGCAGCGAUCCAGAGAAAAUUUUCAGUUACGCCGAUUUUAAGCGACACUGGAAAAGUUACACUUGGUUCGGUUUUGUUGGGGGUAUAAUGAUGAUGAAAUUGACUAUGCUCGAUGAAGAGGAAGCGCCUUCCGUCGAACAAUUAGACGAAGGUAAAGAUUAUAACGAAAUAUUCAGUUUAAAACUCAGCGGGAAACAGUUGUACUAUCAACGCGCUAAGGAUAUUUCGUCGGCUUAUUUCAAAUUUAAAAAAACGGAAAAUUUCCUCGAUUAAAUCGAUCUGUGAUUCGAUGAAACGCUGUGAACAUUCCGGACAUUUUUCGGUAUCAAAUGUAAUUUCAUGAGAUUUAUUGUGUACAAAUAAUUGAAAGUAUUAUUAUUUGAAAUUUGAUUGUUUACUUUUUUUUAGUUAUUAUAUAGAUAAAUGUGUAUAGUGUUAAUGUGAAUGUUUUUUUAAAUUAAAUAUACUUAUUGUUUAAAAAA